AUGAUUAAGACUGAUAGCCUGAAAAGAACAAUUCUCCAGGAGCUUAAUGUUAGCAAUGAGCAGAACUUAAAUUUGGAAAUUAUAAGUCAAACUGCAGUCAGUGUCAAUGGGAUGGUUUUCGAACAAUUACCAGUACAAAGUCUUCAAGCUAUUGUCAGUAUUCGUGAUAUUGAGAGAGAAAGACUGUCAAAGCAACCACCCACACAACCUAGUAUACCAAGUUAUUCUGCUAGAGUAAAUACUUUACCUCCCCUUAAAGUUGAAGCUCAAAAAACCAACCAUACCUCAUCUUUACUUCCAAACAAUCAAUCACUUCCUCUUCAAAAAGCACCUCUAGUUCCCUCAAUAAAACCUAGCUCUCUUCCCAAGAUUAAGCCACAGAUUCAAAAAUCAUCAUCAAGCUCAAGUUCAGACAGUGAAGAUGAUAAGGCAAUUCCUGUUGUUUCUUCUAACAAUGUUGCUUGCCCUCCUCCUUUGAAUGACAUUCCUCAUGUUCUUCCUAGAGUGUUACCAUUGAAACAGUCUCAAACAGAUGGUCUGUUACCUCCAGCUAAUGCUGUUUUAAAACCAAUAAAACCAUUGAGAAGUAGACUUCACUCUCCCACUCCUAAAGCUAGUAUAAAAGUUGAGCCUUCAUUAUCGUCAUCAUCAUCGACUUCCAUAUCAAAGGAUCAACCUAAAAAGAGGCAUAGAAGACGAAAGUCUAAACUAGCCAAAUCAAACAGGUCACCGUCGCCAGUAAAACACCAAACCACAACAAGCAGCAGUGAUGAUGAAGACACAUUUGAUCCAAGUAUCACAUUUAUAUUCUAG